AUGGCAGAAGCCAAAAUGGAUCUUCGAAUGUGGACUUUUAAUCAAUAUGGUGAUCAAGAGCUAGCAGCUGAAGAUAGUGAUCCAGUCUCCGCAGUUCUAGGCUUGCAGUGGGACCGACAAGAUGACAGCCUUACAAUAUCCGUCCAAAGAGAAAUCGUUAAAAGAGACUUAUCAAAAAGGAGACUAUUGUCUCUAAUCCAUGCUGUUUUUGACCCGCUAGGUUUCUUUGUGCCCGUUAUAUUACCUGCGAAAUUAAUUCUUCAAGAGGCUUUGGCAACAAAAUCGACCUGGGAUAAGCCAGAUGAACUUCAAACAAGAUUUGAGAGAUGGUACGAAAGGUUGCCUAGUCUUUCCAGCCUUAAAUUACCUCGUCGCAUGGGUCAUGGAAUUAAGGAUUCAUGGACUCUACACGUGUUUUGCGAUACAAGUCAAGCCGCUUAUGCAACUGCCAUUUACUUACGAAGUAAGGAAGAAGACAAAGUUUUCGUGAAAUUCGUCAUAGCAAAAUCACGGGUAUCGCCCUUAAAGAAAAUAACUAUUCCGCGUUUGGAGUUGCUAGCCUGUGUUCUAGGUGCACGCUUGGCAAGGUAUACUUUUGAAACCCUGUGCUUAGUCUAUGUCAAGAUACAUUACUGGACAGACGCUACUGUGGCUCUUAGCUGGAUACAACGAGAGGAAAACUGGGGAGUAUUUGUGAAUAAUAGAGUAAAGGAGAUUCGGGAAUUCUCGAAGCAGGAAUGUUGGAGACAUAUCCCUGGGAAUUUGAAUCCGGCAGAUGUGGCAUCUCGUGGCUGUACGCCUGAACAUUUGCGGCAAUGCAAUUGGUGGGAGGGCCCUGAAUUUCUGAAAAGCUCUCCGAAAGAAUGGCCAGACUUUGAGUUUACUCCAGACGAAAAUUCUGUUGCAGCAGAAAUUAAGAAAGGAGUGAUUGUCAAUUUGAACAUAAAAUUAGAAGAUUCUGAGUAUUACAAACGUUUUUCGAGUUUUUCUAAAAUAGUUCGAGUAUUCUGCUGGGUUCUACGCUUUACUAAUAAACUCCUUAAGAAGCCCUCGUAUUCUUCGGAUACCUUAACAGUAGACGAAAAAACUAACGCUGAAACAUUUUUGUGGAGUUUAGAGCAAAGGAAGCACUUUCAAGAGAAAGGAGAUUCCGUCCAUGGAUUAUUGGUACAUUAUUUAACUGAAUGCCUCAUAAGAGAGUAUCAUGAAAAGAACUGUCAUGCGGGAGUGCAGAUAUUAGCUGCUAAGUUAAGAGAGCGAUACUGGAUCAUUUCGUCGAAACGUAAUAUAAGAUCUUGCGUAAGUCGAUGUGUAGUAUGUAGGAGAUUUACCGCUAAGGCUUUAUCUACCCCUCCGAUCCAGUUACCCCUUGACAGAAUAAGAGAUUCUGGCAGUCUUUGA